UUCCUCCUCCUCCUCCUUUCUGCCCGUUCAGCCUGUGUGUGGAGCUGUGACACGUAAACUUUGGCGGUCAUUGCCCACGCAUGACACCUCCACCUGGGGCAGGGAGAGCAGCGACAAGAGCUCCACUGUCCCAAAUUAAAAUCCAGCUUUUAGUAACGCCAUGGAGACAACAGACGCCAUAGCAGGGGCUUUUGUUGGCAGUGAUGGAGGAGAAAACGCGACAACAGAACUGGCAACAUCUAAAGCAGUUAAACCACAGACCAAAAGCAGGAUGAAGCAGAUCUUUGGGUUUAGUAAGGAGGACCUGAGCUCCUGGGAGAGCCUGGUGACCCUCCUGAACCGUCCCACUGACCCUGCAUCAUUGGGCAUCUUUCGCUGCUUGUUUGGUCUGCUGAUGGCAAUUGACGUCACACAGGAGCGGGGUCUCAGUCAUCUGGACUACAAGUAUCUGGAUGGAGCCCCUGUGUGUCGCUUUCCUCUCUUUAAUUUCUUGAAGCCGCUGCCGCUUGACUGGAUGUACGUGGUGUACCUGGUGAUGUUCCUUGGAGCUCUGGGCAUCAUGCUUGGUUGUUUCUACCGCCUCUCGUGUCUCAUGUUCAUCUCGACGUACUGGUACGUCUUCUUCCUGGACAAAACAACCUGGAACAACCACUCGUAUCUCUACGGCCUCAUUAGUUUUCAGCUCACAAUCAUGGACGGCAACAGAUAUUGGUCGAUAGAUGGACUGCGAAGGCCUUCUAUAAGAAAUGCUCACGUGCCUCUCUGGAAUUACACCCUGCUGAGGACACAGAUUUUUAUAGUGUACUUCAUCGCUGGAGUAAAAAAACUGGAUGCAGACUGGGUGGAGGGAUACUCCAUGUCGUAUCUGGCUCACCACUGGCUUUUUGAUCCUUUUAAACUAAUUCUUCCUGUGGAUUUAGUAAGUCUGCUGGUCAUACAUGGAGGAGGUCUUAUUCUGGAUCUGACUGCUGGCUAUCUGCUGUUUUUCGAUGCAACGCGGCCAUUUGCAUUUUUCUUUGUGUCGUACUUCCACUGCAUGAACUCUCAGCUUUUCAGCAUUGGGAUGUUCUCCUACACCAUGCUGUCCACCAGUUCCCUCUUCUGCUACCCAGAUUGGCCCAGAAGGUUCUUCGCCCGUUUCCCAUCUUUUCUCAGCGAAAUCCUGCCGUUUACAUCAUCAGAGCUUCAGCCCAGCACCUCCUGUGUUUACCCCAAGAGCACAGAACAGCAGGCAACACAGAACAUCGCCAAACCCCCAAAACUGAGACUUAAACACAAGCUGGCCGCUAUUUUUACUAUUCUUUAUAUAAUCGAGCAGUUCUUCAUGCCAUACUCCCACUUCAUCACAAAAGGUUAUAAUAACUGGACCAGUGGUUUGUAUGGCUACUCCUGGGACAUGAUGGUUCACUCUCGCAGCCAUCAGCACGUCAAGAUCACCUACAAAGAUGGGAAAACUGGUGAAGUCGGAUAUCUGAACCCAGGGGUGUUCACACACAGUCGUCGCUGGAAAGAUCAUGGAGACAUGCUGAAGCAGUAUGCUACGUGUCUCAGUGGCUUGCUGCCGACCUAUAAUAUCUCUGAUCCUGAAAUCUACUUUGAUAUCUGGGUAUCUAUUAAUGAACGCUUCCAGCAAAGAAUCUUUGACCCCCGUGUGGACAUUGUGAAGGCUGAUUGGUCGCCGUUCAAACCAAAUCCAUGGCUGAUGCCUCUGCUGGUGGACCUCUCUCCCUGGAGGACCAAGUUCCAGGAGAUCGAAGGCAGUUUGGACAACCAGACUGAGAUCGUCUUCAUUGCUGAUUUCCCAGGCCUCCACUUGGAAAACUUUUUGAAUGACGAUCUGGGCAACACCAGCAUCCACGUGUUACAGGGGCAAGUGAACGUUGAGAUUGUGGAGGAGAAAAAGAACUACACUCUGCAGCCUGGUGAGCAGACAAAGGUUCCUGCAGGGGCUUAUCAUAAGGUGUACACCACAUCUGACGUCCCUUCCUGCUACAUGUACGUGUAUGUCAACACUACAGAGGCGGCGCUGCAGCAGAACUUCACCAAGCUGCUGGAGCUGCAGGAGCGCAUUCGCAAUGGAACAGAAACGGAGCCUCUCCCUCUUGAGCUGCAGCCUCUCAUGGCUGCAGACGACGACGAGAAGGCAGAGGUCAACGCAACCGACCCCGUUGUGAAGCUCUUCCUGAAGAGGCAGCGUCGGCUGAAGGAGGUGAAGAAGCGCAGGGAGGCUGGUGUGACGGAGCGACUGGAACGCUUUACUGUUAAAAAGUACUACACAGUACGCAGGGGCUUCUUGAUGACGGCCAUCGCUGUUCGAAACUUGCUGUUUGGUCUUCCUCCUCUGGACCAGCUGAGAAGAGAAGUUGACUUCGCCAACAUGAAAGAACCCCAAACAGAAGACAACCAGGUUGAGCAGCUCAAAGAUGAAGUUGGUCACGGAGAACUUUAAAAGUAAACUUGCUGGUACAGAAGUAUCGGGAAAAAAAAACUAAAAGUAAAUGAACUCUGGGCGCUGAAACACACAUUCCAGUUGAUGUGUGUGACCAGUUGACUACUGGACUGUUACUGAAUGGGAUCCAAAGGAUCAAAACAUUCUUAAUUUUUUUUUUAUAUUUUAGGUCCUCUGAAAUGCUUAACGUUUCAGAUUCAGAAUCCUGUAUGUUCAUGAUUGUGUUCUGUCAUGAGUGAUGACGUCACAACUUGGGGGCAUUAUAUAAUCUGAAGGAAGAUUUUCUAUUUAGCACGUUGAGCUAUUAAUGUUUUUAGAAUGACGUGAAAGCAGGCGACUGAAUGGGUUUUGUUUCUUGACGGGAUAGUUCAGAUUAUUUGAAGUGGGGUU